CGCGUUGAGUUUUUAGAUUUUUAUUUAUUUAUUUAUCUUUUAUUUUAGUUUAUUUAAUUUUUUCGAAUGUACUGUAGCCAUCUGAUAAUAAAGGCUUUUGCCAUGGAUAUACUAAAGUUUUAAACCCUAGAUUAGAGAUGCACUCUCUAUUAUCGGACUUUGUUUGAAGAUCAUUUUAUCGAUCCACUGGCAUCUGAAGGAUCAGGUGUCUGAUCAGAAAUCACUGACCAUUUGACACAAGAUCAACAUCAAAAUGCGAUUGCUUUGCCUGUUCCUGCUGGUGUCUGGUACUUCCUGCUGGUGGUUUUUCUCAGAGGACGACAAGAAGGAAACUAACAAGAAGAAAGGGGACAAGGAGGAAACUUAUUACAAGGAGGAACAUUACAUGAAAGAAAGUGUUGGGACAGUGAUUGGAAUAGACCUUGGGACGACCUACUCAUGUGUUGGAGUGUUCAAGAACGGCCGUGUUGAGAUCAUCGCCAAUGACCAGGGAAACCGCAUCACUCCAUCAUACGUGGCCUUCACCGCCGAAGGUGAGCGUCUCAUCGGAGACGCUGCGAAGAACCAGCUGACCUCCAACCCCGAGAACACCGUCUUUGAUGCCAAGAGGUUGAUCGGCCGCACAUGGGGCGACUCGUCCUUGCAGGAGGACAUUAAAUACCUGCCUUUUAAGGUUAUUGAGAAGAACAACAAGCCUCACAUCCAGCUGGACAUCGGAUCAGGUCAGAUGAAGACUUUCACCCCUGAGGAAAUCUCUGCUAUGGUUCUGACUAAAAUGAAGGAGACUGCGGAGGCUUACCUGGGAAAGAAGGUCACACAUGCUGUGGUCACUGUGCCUGCUCGUUUCAAUGAUGCCCAGCGCCAGGCCACCAAAGAUGCAGGAACCAUCGCUGGUCUGAACGUCUUGAUGAUCAUCAAUGAGCCAAGUGCCGCUGCCAUCGCUUAUGGUCUUGACAAGAAGGACAGUGAGAAGAACAUCCUGGUGUUUGAUCUUGGUGGCGGCACCUUCGGUGUUUCCGUGUUGACCAUCGAUAACGGUGUCUUCGAGGUGGUGGCCACCAAUGGAGACACUCACCUGGGUGGCGAAGACUUCAAUCAGCGCGUCAUGGAGCACUUCAUCAAGCUCUAUAAGAAGAAGACUGACAAGGAUGUGCGUAAGGACAACCGUGCUGUGCAGAAGCUGCGUCGUGAGGUGGAGAAGGCCAAAAGAACCCUGUCCACCCAGUAUCAGGCCCGCAUCGAGAUCAGGUCAUUCUUCGAGGGUGAAGACUUCUCAGAGACGCUGACUCGUGCCAAGUUUGAGGAGCUCAACAUGGACUUGUUCCGCUCCACCCUGAAACCAGUGCAGAUGGUUCUAGAAGACUCGGACCUGAAGAAGUCUGACAUUGACGAGAUCGUCCUGGUCGGCGCCUCCACUCGUAUUCCUAAGAUCCAGCAGCUGGUGAAGGAGUUCUUCAACGGCAAGGAGCCGUUCAGAGGAAUCAACCCCGACGAGGCCGUGGCUUAUGGAGCCGCCCUCCAGGCUGGAAUCCUGUCAGGAGAAGAGGACACUGGUGAUCUGGUGCUUCUGGACGUGUGCUCUUUGACCCUGGGCAUUGAGACUGUUGGAGGAGUGAUGACCAAACUCAUUCCCAGGAACACCAUUGUGCCCACCAAGAAAUCACAGAUCUUCUCCACCGCUUCUGACAACCAGCCAACCGUGACCAUCAAAGUUUAUGAAGGUGAGCGUCCGCUGACCAAGGAUAACCACCUUCUGGGCACCUUUGACCUGACCGGCAUCACUCCGGCUCCCCGCGGCGUCCCUCAGAUCGAGGUCACCUUUGAGAUUGACUUAAGCGGCAUCCUGCGCGUCACCGCCGAGGACAAGUGCACAGGCAACAAGAACAAGAUCACCAUCACCAACGAUCAGAACCGACUGACGCCCGAGGACAUCGAGCGCAUGGUGAACGAGGCCGAGCGCUUUGCCGACGAGGACAAGAAGCUGAAGGAGCGCAUCGACGCCCACAACGAGCUGGAGUACUACGUCUACUCCUUGAAGAACCAGAUCGGGGACAAAGAGAAGCUGGGCGGCAAACUGUCAUCUGAAGACAAAGACGCCAUCAAGAAGGCCAUUGAGGAGAAGAUCGAGUGGCUGGAGUCUCACCAGGAUGCGGAUCUUGAGGACUUCCAGGCUAAGAAGAAAGAGCUGGAGGAAGUCGUGCAGCCCAUCGUAAGCAAGCUGUAUGACAGCGCGGGCGGCACACCAUCAGAGGAUGGUGAUGAAAAGGACGAGUUGUAGACCGUCCGGAUAUGAGACAGGUGAAUGGAAAGCUUUAAAUCUCUUCAGAAAAGACUUGUGGGAAGUGUUAGAGAGCUGUGUUUGUUGUUGGUUUUUUUUUUUUUUUUUUUUUUUUUUCGUUCUGAUUUUGUCAGCCCGGUUUGAGGUUUGAUUACAGGUGGGGAAAAAACUAUUUACAUAUGUAUCUUAAUUCUAACUUCUAAAUCGAUUUUUUUUAAAGUGUUAAAUUUGGCACGUUAGAGUUAUUCGUCACAGAAGGCCAUGAAAAAGGAUUGUGUUGCAGUGUUGUUGUUGACGGACACAAAGCCAAAGCACGGGCACAAAUUCCGCCUCUCAGAUGCAUGUGAUCCCGAAAUUAUUCUCUUUCACAUCAUAUUACAAUUAACCCUUGUGCAGCCUUUUGGACAUUUUUGUUUUUUUCAGUCUUGUUUUUUGUGAUCAUUUCUCCCGUGUUA